AUGAGACGAGGGGCGGCGGGCACCGCGUCCGCCGCGCGGCUGCACGAGGGGAAGGCCGCAAAGUCAAAGCCGGCGGCCUCGUCGAAGGAGCUUGGGCCCGCGGCAGAGCAGAGGUCGUCGAGGUCCCACAAGCAAGCCGCAACCAAUUUUCCAGCGGACCUGCACGUUACAGGCUCCACCACGAAGUGCGACAAUUGCAACUUCGCGCUGGAUCAAAUCAGAACGGAGUGGGCUAUUUUCCUCGAUGCGGAUACCUUGUUCUCGACGCAAACGUUGAUUUAUGCUAGCCACUUAUCCUCGUCAACAACUUUCGACUUUUGGCAGGGGCGGAUGGUCAACCCCAAGAGCGACGUACAAGGUGUUUUCCCUUUUGGCGCAGUGACCUGCAUGUACGACUCGGACUGCAUGCCCAACGAUGCACCGAUAUUUUACAAGUCUGGUCACGUGCCAUUCUCCGGACGAGGGGGCCUUUGGCGCGUUUCUGUUUUGCGGAAGGUCGGAUUUGACCAUAGGACCGUGGGCGAAGACUACGAUGCCUCGUUCAGGGCGUAUUUCCUCUACGGACAUAGAGGAUCGCUUGCACCGAAUAUGAUUUUCCAAGAACGUUGCCCAGGCAAUAUGACCGAUUUGCUGCGGCAGCGGAAGCGUUGGGUUAAUGCCGACUUCGAGCGAAUGGUGAGUUCGACUUGGAUGGCUCGUUCGUACUACGUUCCUCGGGUGGAGGUCUUCUUCGGCCUUUUACCGAUGAACAUCAAGAUGAAAAUGCCCUUCGAAAGCUGGCCCCGCCGGACACUGAAGUUGACGACCUCGCCGAUUUUACUUUACUACGGCUUUUGGCUUGGAAGCCCCGAGACUGGGUCACCUCGGUUCGAGAGGUUCCAACGUGCGCCUCUUUUCCCGAUCCUCAUGAUGUUCGCUUCGAUCAUCUUGCCAUACCUAGUGUGGACAAUUCGCUAUAUUGCCGCGACCCAGGUGAGUCUGUACAAGCCCCGGGUGCAGUAUUUGCUGCUGAGUCCAAUCGCCGCUUUUCUUUUCCGGCAGUUCGAAAUAUACUGCGCAAUCGAAGGGAUGCAUCGGUGGCUGUGGGGAAAAUUCGUGUUCGACUGCACUCCCCGGUCGCCAUCGACUCCAGCCCGACAAACGGUGCUCUCGGCAUAA